AUUAUUUCGAUAACUUUUUGUCGCAUGUGUCAGCCCUGCCAUUAAUGUCAACUCAUUGCAAGUUUUGUUUAUACAUUUUCAAAUUAUGGAAACUAUGACCAAAAUGGAAUCCCUAAAAGACCAACAAGAAGGAGGUGGAGAUGUAUCAAAAUUGGAUUCUUUCUCCCCGUUCACCUCCCACACAGCCAAUCUGGAAGCUGGACAAACGAACUUCACUUUGCGUGUCCUCAAAAUGAAUGGCAGCACUAUGUUAUUCUUGAAUGCCAAGGAUAUGGAGAUUUUAGAUGAACUGGCCGUGGCCAUGCCAUCACGCAAUCCCGGACAAAGUCAAGCCGUAUCCUCCACCAUCAUUGGUGGCCAUGGUCAGACAGAUUCUUCGGUAUUGGCCGCCAAACUAAGUAGACGCUAUAAUCGCCAAUUUUAUGUGAGUCUUAAUCUAAAAUUGGAUCGCCUUGUCGGACCGCUGUUUGAGAAAGCCCUCAUCACCUACAUAAAUGAUCAUUUGGAGAAAUUCGCCUAGCCCACUAUAGUCUAGAAUUCAAUAUACACACACAACUACCUCUAAGUAUGCGAUUAAAAUUAAUACAAAA